UUUGACUCAAACCGUUUGAGAGCUUGGUGUUUACUUGCAACCACAUUCUUGGAUUCUCUAACACAAGGUUGUAAGGCUGAAUAUCGUCUUAAAGCACCGCAAUCCGUAGCUGUGAAAAAAUGUGAGAGAUCAAGUUCUAGAGAAAAACCAAAAGCUAAGCAAGAUUCAGAUUUGUGGAAGUAA